CCAUCUUCCCUCCGUUGACGAGGUCGAGUCCCCGACACGGCCGCUGUAGAAGCCCCAAGAUGGCGUCCGAGACGAUCCCCAUCACCGUUGAGUUCACGGGCGGUCUCGAGAUGCUCUUCGCGGACCAGCGCAAGCACUCCCUCUCCGUGCCCGCAAAGGACGAGCGCGGACAGGCGGUCACCGUCGGAUGGCUGGUGCAUUACCUCUGCGUAGAAGUCAUGAAGGAUCCUCGAAAGGAGAUGUUCGUGCUGGACGGUCACGUACGCCCAGGAAUCCUAGUCCUCAUCAACGACGCCGACUGGGAACUUGAGGGGGAGGCGUCGUACGCGCUGCAGGCGAGGGACAACAUCCUCUUCGUGUCGACGCUGCACGGGGGGUAGGGUACCAAGGGUAGGGAGCUGCGCUGCGCUGCGGCAAACCUCUCCCUUCGAUCAGCGCUGUGGUCUCUCUGUGUGCUCUGUCGAGUAAGGCGACGUACUGUACUGUACUGUACUGUACGUACGAGUCUUGACUCUCUGACCUUGGGGUCCGAGUAAGACAAACAGCCAGACCAGAUGCGAGCAUCCCCCCUGGGGUCAGGGAAUCAGAAAUCUCGCCGCAUUGGUUUGUGCUACAAUACAGUACAGCUAGCACCGCGUACCGUGGUCCUCAUCCUCAGCCCAGAAAGAGAAAAAAAAGCAAAAUAAAAUAAAAAUAAAAAAGCCCUUUCCGGUC